AAAUUUGUGGAGGUGCUCCAUGUCUUGUGACAAUUAAAAAAAAAAAGAUUCCAGCUUUUAUCUUCACAAAACAAUGGGAGUUAGGGCAGUGAGGGUGGACAGGACAGAACAAGGCCAGCUACUCUGGGUAGCCAGCAGCAGUCUCUUCAUCUUGAAGACCUCAUUAGGGGCUCCUAGGAUUCAGCUGCCCCAGAAAAAGUUCAGGGCUACAUGGUGCAGGUUUCCUUUUGUCUGUCUUGGUAAGUCCAAAAGAAGUUCUUAAAUACUGUCCAGAGAGGCCUCAGGGGAAUCAGCUUCUACCGACCCCUUCCACCACCCCUUGAAGUUCCUCGCCUUGGCGGGCCAGAGUUCAUGUUACUCCCUCUCCCCCAGUUACUGCCACUCCGGCCCCCUCUGGAAGGAGUACCGCUGCCUGGAGGGCCUCCAAAAGGUUCGUCUCUGUGGUAGCCAUCAUGGUGAUCUCCAUCCAAGGAGCUGGAGCGCCCAGAUUUUGGCACUCUCUGGGAAGGUCCUGGGCCCCCUCGGCCUUUGCCUUCUCGAUCCUCAGAAGGACCCCCUGGGGCUUCCAUUUCUCUGUGCUCCGAGGUCCCUGGCCCAUCAUGCCAGGGACGCUUUCGGGGUGGCAGGGAUGCCAUGUCCAUGCCCUGGAGAGAAGAGAAACGUUCUCUGCUAGCUGGGGAAUGACCAUCGUGAGGGGGAUGAUCAGGGCGAGGAGCAUCACAGAAAUGUUCAUGACCUGGCCCUGGCUCUCUAUUUCCAUCCCAGGAGUCUGGUUUCCGUCCUCCUUCAAAGCGAGGGAAUUCAUCAGGAGUGGGGAGUAAACCCUUCCUUCCUCCUCGUGGGGUACCCCGACCUCGACCUCUGAGAUCUCUUCCUCGGGCUGCUUCAUCAGAAGGAUCAAAAUUCUCCUCUGGACCAAAGUCUUCAGGACCAGGAAAACUGUCCCUUCCUCUGGGGAGGGGCACGGCCCUCAUGUCUUGGGGGUGCUCCUCUUCUAAAGCUUUCUUCUCUGAGCCCUCGAAAACGUGGGUCCUCAGGAUCCCGGGGGAAUCGUUCAUCUCCAGGUCUGCGGCCUUCCCAAGCCCCUGGAGGGCCCCGGGCUGCUCCCCGGCCAUCCCCCUCGCUGAAUUCCCUGUGAUCAGGCGGAAACGGAGGCCCGGGGCCCCCACACCUCCACUUCUCUUCUUGUGGUAAAGGUCCUCCUCGCCCCUCAAAUUCACGUAAUCGGUGGCCAAAGCGCUUGUCCGGGUGGAAGUCAUCUGGUCUGCUGAAGUCAUCAGGGAAGUCGGGGUGAGGGCCGCGCCUAUCAGGGGGACCCCUGUAGUCCUGGCCGCCCCGGAAAGAGGCCCCCUCUCGGGCCCGUACUCAGGGCCGCUGCUCUGCUCAUGCCACCUCUCUGACAUGGGGCCCAUGUGAUGGUUGGGAGGGCCGCGUGAGUCACCUUUGUUAGGGCCAGGUCCUUGUCCAGGGUUAAGAGGGGGGAUGCGACCUUGUGCUCCCUGCUGCCCUAGGCCUGGUAUCAGGGGUGGGGGGCCUGUGUUCUGUCCUUCCUGAUUGAAGGGGGCCCGGGACCCAUCACCUAGCAGAGCUGUUUUCUGCUGCUGGAAUGGUAUUGGCCCUUGAGAUGGAUGUGGCCCUCUUGCCGGGUUCUGCUGUCCCUGAGGUCCAGGGGGCCCUUGCAUGCCACCCUGGGGUGGCGGCCCCAAAGAGCCCUGGGGCGGCCCCUGCUGACCUUGUGAGCCUGGAGGCCCUCACAAUUCCUGGGGGGGGCCCAGCAUGGAUCCUUGGGCUGGAGGCCCCUGCAUGCCUCGCAUCUCCUGAGGGCCUCGCAUCUCCUGAGGGCCAUGUCCCAGCAGUCCACUUGGAGGGUGAGGUCCUCUCAUCUCUUGAGGCGGAUGGCCCAUCAUCAUCCCUUGGGGAACAGGACCCUGAUUUUCUCGGGGGCCUGGAGGACCCUGCAUUCCUCUUGGAUUCAAUCCCAUCAGAGGUCCCUGAGACACAGGACCUUGGAUCCCUUGAGACCCUGGCCCACCUUGUAUCCCAUGAGGAUGAGGAGGUCCUUGCAUUCCUCUGGGACCAGGUAGUCCCUGCAUACCUUGAGUACCAGGAGGUCCCUGAGGGCCCAAGUGACCCUGGGGACCAGGUGGGCCUUGAGGGCCUAUGUGACCUUGUGGGCCAGGUGGACCCUGAGGACCCAUAUGACCUUGAGGACCAGAAUUACCCUGUGGUCCAGGUGGUCCUUGAGGUCCCAAAGGGCCAUGAGGUCCAGGAUGCCUCUGCAUUCCUUGGGGCCCAUGCAUGUCCUGAGGCCUCAGCAACCCCUGGGGCAGGCCCUGGGGCCCUUGUGGUCCCAUGAAUCCUUGCGGCCCCCCACCUCCCUGAUGCAGUGGAGGACCUUGUGGUCCCAUUUGUCCCUGGGGUCCAGGGGGUC